AUGUCUGCCCCUUCGCCCACUGACUCUGGCAAGUCAGCCAACCCUCUCAAGCGAAUUGACAAUGAGGGACAUGAUCUCCCUCCAUCUCCAGCUCCGUCAAGCCCUCGCAAUGGUCGCAAACGCUAUGCCCUCGCCACAGAACUUGUAUACACAGAUAGCAAGGACCAAUAUGGAGCCUCCAGCGUUCCCAUCUAUCAGUCUGCCACUUUCAAGCAGACAUCGGCCAGCGGUGGCCAGCAAGAAUAUGACUACACCCGCUCUGGAAACCCCACCAGAACGCAUCUCGAGCGACACCUCGCAAAGAUUAUGAACGCUCAGCGAGCGCUGGCUAUCAGCUCGGGAAUGGGUGCUCUCGAUGUCAUUACUCGUCUACUCCGACCUGGCGAUGAGGUUAUCACUGGCGAUGAUCUCUACGGUGGCAGCCACCGUCUGCUUACUUACCUAGCUGCCAACCAAGGCAUCAUUGUUCACCAUGUUGACACAACAACCGUUGAUAGCGUGCGGGCACGCCUCUCGGAGAAGACCGCCAUGGUUUUGCUAGAGACUCCCACCAAUCCUUUGAUCAAGGUUGUGGAUAUUCCAUCUAUCGCUCGCUUGGCACAUGAAGUCAACCCCAAGGCGCUCGUUGUUGUUGAUAACACCAUGCUUUCUCCCAUGCUGUUCAACCCUCUUGAUGUGGGUUGCGAUAUUGUGUACGAGUCUGGAACCAAAUACCUGUCUGGUCACCACGACAUUAUGGCUGGUGUUAUUGCCAUGAAUGACACUCAGAUCGGAGACAAGCUAUUCUUUGUCAUCAACUCCACGGGCUGUGGCCUAUCACCAAAUGACUCUUUCCUGCUCAUGCGAGGUGUUAAGACCUUGGCUAUUCGAAUGGAGAAACAGCAAGCCAACGCUCAAGCCAUUGCAGAGUUUCUCGAGUCCCGUGGCUUCCGUGUUCGAUACCCUGGACUCAAAUCCCACCCUCAAUACGAUCUGCAUUGGUCUAUGGCUCGCGGUGCUGGCGCGGUGCUCUCGUUUGAGACUGGUGAUCCGGCCGUUUCUGAGCGUAUUGUUGAGGCUGCCCGUCUCUGGGCCAUCAGCGUCAGUUUCGGCUGUGUCAACAGUUUGAUCAGCAUGCCCUGCCAGAUGAGCCAUGCCAGCAUCGACGCCAAGACUCGAGCGGAACGACAAAUGCCUGAAGAUAUUAUCAGAUUGUGCGUUGGUAUCGAGGACCCGAAUGAUCUGAUUGAGGAUCUCUCUCGCGCUCUGGUUCAGGCUGGGGCUGUGACCGUGACUUUGGAUGGUUUCCACGCUGCUGGUGCAGCCAAGGAACUCGGAGAAACGCCCCUUGUCAUUCAAUGA